UUGCUGACGCUCGAAGCAAGCAAAGGUAUUCCCGGAGCAGAAAGUUCGAUAUCGGCGAUCGAUGAACCGGAAAGUCCUAGCUUUGGAGCAACUAUUUGGUCUUGGAAACAGGAAUUGUCUGCUUGCAUUCUGGCCAUCGCUCUGCUCGUUUUACUCCAUGUUUACUUCAAUCUCCAAAAUGGUCGAACUUGGGACCUCCCAAUCAGUCCCAAUUCCCUCGUAUCAGUUUUAAUUGUGAUCAUCAAAGCCUCCUUGACCGUCCCGUUGUGCGGAGGAACGGCACAGUUGAAAUGGCUUCUUUUCAGUAGAAGAGAUCUUCAAUUUUCAGAAAUCGCACAUUUAGAUGAUGCUAGUCGUGGUGAGGUGAUUUCAAUGGUUAACUUGGCCCGUUAUCGCCACAAGGGGUAGGCUCUCCAUUCUCCUUUUCUGCAAUCCCAAUGAACGUCUCUAACAUAAAUUGACUAGGGCGAUGAGUAUGGCCUUGAUAGGUUCAUUAGUUAUAUGUCUGUCGUAUCUCACUGGGCCUGCAACCCAGCAAGCGAUUCAAUUGGUACCCAUGACUUUGGAAACACGACUGCAAUUGCUACGGUUCCAACAUGCGCCACGAAUUACACAGAUCAUACCCUCUUCAAGGACGUGAAUGGCAAAGCUGCGGGUGCCUUGUAUGAGGUCCCUCUGGCUACAAAGCGUGCAAUGGCAGUCGGGCUAAUCCAGUCGCAAACUGGCAAGACUGUUCAGCCCAUAUGUUCAACGGGGAACUGCACAUUUCCGUCGUAUCAGUCACUUGGUUUCUGUAGCAAAUGCGCGAGUAUCACCGAUCAGAUGGCCAAGGUACUCAAGGAUCCACCUGCGGAUCCUAAAUCAUGGCCUUAUUCCCCAUAUGAAUACAAGUUGCCUAAUAAUCUCGUACUUUCUGCGGACCCCUCAGUACCAAUCAACGCAACUGCAAAGAACUCAGGACCGGUUCAUCCCGUGUUUGCGAAUAUAUUAAAGUCUGUUCUUGAUUUUACCGCAAUCGAGUUCCAUACAGAAGGCAAAAAUGCUUCUGCCAUCGAAUGCAUGUUGUUUUAUUGCGUUAAAUCAUACGAAAGCGCCACAUACAAAGAGGUUUCAGGCAAGCCACCGGUAACAUCCGAAGCUGCUUUGCCGAUGGGAUAUGCAACUACAAAAAGUUCUAUUAAUGGUAUUUCCUUUACCUUAAUACCUGAUUUGUGAUAUGCUGAAAGCCACACUUUCGAGCGAAAUCAUUCUCUUCCUGGAGGACUCACUUCCUGCAGAUACGACAUCCCGGUUGAAACCCAAUAUAUUCUUCCUGGGAGACUUUCUGAAAUAGUCGAAGAACACUUCCUAUUCCAAAGUCCGCAUGAUAAUGUUGAGGAAGCUUUUGCAUCUCUUGCAAUAUCUCUCACCAACAAUAUCAGAAGCGAGAAAGGCAUUUGCAUUGGGAGUGUUGAAGGGAAAGCGUAUUCGACUAUUACAGUAAUUGCUGUAGAUAGGACAUUCUUGCUACAUAUCACGUUUUUUGUUACCGCAACCUUUAUUUUCCUUGUGGUGGUAAUGUGGACUAGCCGACAUUACCACAUCUGGAAAAGCUCGUCACUUCCCUUACUCUAUGCUGCUAUGGGCCAUGGGUCUCCUACGGAACGGGAUUCCUCGGUUCUAUCCGGGCUAAGGCUCAAAGAAAUGAAGAGAGAUUCCAAGAGUGUCAAGGUCAGAUUAGACGUGACCGACAGAAUAAGAAUUCGAAGAGUUUAG